GUUUCAAUCUCAGUUGUGAUUUACUAGGCAAAGUGCUAACAAGAUCGAAGACGCACAAUAAUUUGUUGAAUUAAUCAGUAGAAAGUUAGAUUUCGGUUUGCAUUUUAUCAGCUUUGACUUUUGUUAUUAAUUUCUAUUAUUGUUAUUUAUUUAUACGCAAAUUUUUCAAAUUUUUAUUUUUAUAAAAUGCUUAAAUCGCUUAACAUAAACAUUUUACUAAUAACUAUCGUAAUCGGUAGUGCUGUGGGACAAAUCGAGUUUCCAGAUCAUUUCGAAGUUGAUAAGAAAAAAUCAAACCUUGCUGGUCGCGUGCCUUUAUUUUCACCAACACGUUGUAAAGCUAAUGAAUUACUAUACCCUGGCGAUCAAGUCGACGAUUGGAUAUGUGACUGCGCUCCUGCUGCAAUAUAUCAUCCUGACUCAGAUGCUUGCUAUAUAGCAUUCCGUAAAGGUCCAUGUAAGGAAGAUGAAAUGCUCGUACUUGCACCAAAUAAUGUUAUACCAGAAUGUAUCAAGAAUGAAUGUAGAGAUGGCGAAAUCAGAAUAAAUAAAAUAUGUUAUAAAUUCGGUGAUGGUGCACCGUGCCGCAAUGCGCAUUUAUCUUAUGUUUUAGGAGUUGAUCCUACUACUUUAAUGGUAGACUGUGUACGUCAAUCAAUUUCGCUUGCGUCACGUUUUGGUGAUGAUGGUUUACCACAAAUCACAGUUGAUCUUAUUAAACCUUGCGCACGAGGCUCAAAACGUGCAACAAAAGGAGAUUGUGCCAACCUUAAUAUAUAAUUAAUAUUUUAAUUUUAAUUUAUAUAUAUUUUUAUUUAAUAUAAUAUCUCAACUUAUAAACAAUUCAAAAAAUGUUUUCAUAUUUUUACGAUGUACAAAAGUGAUUUCAAUAAUUAAUAAAAAAAA